AUGUCCGCCAUGGAGCGCACCGAUCUGCAGCACCCGGAAACGUGGACGAUGGACCAGGAGGACAAGAACGACGUGGCCGGCCGCUGCCUCGCGGGCCUCCGCGCACAGGGCAUCCCGGCGACGCGCGUGCUGCUGGACCCCACGAAGCUCAAGGGGGGCUACAUCUGCGACACGAUGCGCGUGAAGAUCUUUUACGACACCGUGCGAAAAAUGUCCCCAAAGGCCACCGGCAAGGGCGCGCGCGGGUGGGUGUCGGAGCGGCCGGCGACCGCCAUCCUCAAGAUCGCGUCGCCGGCGUCGGCCGACCACGACGUGGCGAUGCGCCUGCGGCUCUACGAGCGCGAAUGGCACUUCUACGAGCAGCUGAGCCACCGCGUGACGAUCCGGGUGCCUCGGUAUCUCGGGUCCGUCAAGGACACGGAGACGGGGCUGACGACCGAGGGCGUGCUACUCGAGGACCUCGAAGUGCCCGGGGCGGUCCUUUGCCCGCAGCUUGACGACGCCGGCGUCAUGUUGACGAUCCAACACGUCGCCAAGCACCACGCGACCUUCUGGAACGCGCCGGAGCUCGCGAGCGGCGCGCUCGGCGUCAAGCCGCACAACGGGCCGUGGUACCAGCCGGGCUGGGGCGACGAUAUCGCCGCGUACUGGCCCCGCUUCGUGCGCAAGUGGGAGAAGCCGGACGCGCGACGCAAGCUCGAGCUUCCGCCCGAGGCUUUUGUCGCGGGCGAGGCCAUCAUGAACGGCUUUGCGUGGAUCCAGGACGAGCUGAGCAAGAAGCCCCACACCUUCAACCACGGCGACGUGAAGCCGCCCAAUAUGUUCAUGAUGCCCAACUCGGUACCCGCGUUCAUCGACUGGCAGUACACAGCCGUCGGCAAGGGCUGCCAGGAUAUUUUAUUCUUCCUCAUCGAGGGCUACACGAUUGAAGAAUGCCGACGCCUCGAGCCUCUCGCCAUGAAGCACUACCACGCCGCGCUCGUCACCUACGGCGUCAAGGACUACUCGUCCGAGGACCUCCGCCGCGACUGGAAGCUCGCGGCCAUGCACUUUCCUUUCUACGUCGCCAUGUGGUUCGGCACGACGCCCGACGAGUCGCUGGUCGACCCGGACUUUCCCCGUCGGUACGUUCCGCGGGCCUUCGACUGCAUCCUUCGAAACAAGGCCCACGAGCUGCUCGCGGCCGCUUCGACCAUGUCGCGGUCGCCGUCCGACGUCGUCGGCGUGCCCCCCGGCGCGACUCUCGAGUCGCUCGCGGCGGACCUCCACGAGGCCAGGGCGAGAAUCAAGCGGCUGACGAUUGAACGGGAUAGAUUGAAAAACACGCUCGAGAGCGUGAAGGCAGCGGUGGCGGGUGCGGCUAUCUAAGAGCGGGAUCAGAGCCGCGGUUGCCACUAUUCGGUGCCGCAUACACGUAGGCCAGCUGCUGGCGGAUGGCUGGCCAGUGACGGGUUGAGUUAAAAACUAGCAACAACAAAUCAUGCGAUUCCAGCUAGGCCGGUCGAAGAUUAGGCUAUUCAACGUGAGGUCAUUCUCUAAGUCAUCCGACAUCGAGCCACGCCGGUUAUUCCCGCAACCGUGCCCGCGCCCGCCGGACGCGAUUCCGCGCUCCCCUGCCGACGGCCCGCGCGCGCGCGACGGCCGCGGCGGCGCGCGACCGCGUCGCGGUCCCAAGGACGCCCCGGAGGCGCCGCAGCAAUGAACGUGCGGACGCGAGCUCGGUUUCGAGCUCGGCGCCGCGCUGCUCGGCGGCCUCGGCGGCCGCGCGCUGCGCCUCGACGCGCGCUUCCUCGCGCGCGAGCCGCGCCGCAGCGAGCGUCGCGUCGGCGGCCGCGCGCUCGCGAGCCGUCUCCGCCGCGGCUUCGGCGGCGCGCUUCGCGACGCGCUCGGCCUGUGUGGAAAUCAAAAUUUUACGGCGCUUUCGUGCUGAAUCGUCGCGUCGUCCUCCCCGCCAUCGACGCGACGCCUGCUCGAUGGCGUGGCAAUGCCGGUUCCUCACCGCUCGACCGAGCUAGGAUGGCCGGGUCGUCGCGCACCCGACGCACUGCUUGAUUUCCACACAGGUCCAUGCGUCGGCCGCCGCGCGCGCCGCCGCCGUCUCGGCCGCGGCCGCGCGCAGGCUCCCGGCGCCGCCGGCGAACACGAGCGCGGCGACGUCGGCGACGCUGCUGGCAUCCUUUGCGGCGGCCACGGCGGCGUCCCUGAAUCCGCGGAGACUCGUCUGGUAGGACUCCUGCGCGCGCUCGGCGAGGUCUGCCUGUUUCCGCAGGACCUCCUGGAGCCCCGCGUUGUCGCGCCGCGCCGCGGCGACGCGCGCAAGCGCCGCGUCGCGGCGCUCGUCGCUCUCGGCCGCCGCCGCCGCCGCCGCGUCUGCGCGCGCGGCCGCGUCGGCCGCGGCCCGCUCCGCCUCGCGAAGCUCUCGGUCUCGCGCGGAGAGUUCAGCCUCGAGCUCGGCGACGCGCUUGCGCGCCGCCCGCGCCUCGUCCUGGGCCGCCUCGAUCGCCUCGACCUCGGCCUCGCGUUCCGCCAGGAAGGCCGCCCGUUCGCGCUCGAGCUCGGCCAGCGCCGCGCGCGCUUCGGCGAGCUUGCCGUCGGCGGCUUUCGCGCGCGCCUCGGCGGAGUCGGCGCGGGCCGCGGCCGCCGCGGCCUCGUCCCGCGCCGAGCGCUCGAGCCUCGCCGCUCUUUCUACAAGAAGGACCGCUUUCUCGGCCGCGGCCUCGACGCCCUCGGCCGCCGCCGCCGCCGCCGCCUCGGACGCGGCCACGCGCUCCGACAACGCGAUCGCCUUCGCCGCGACCUCCGCGGGGGUCCCGUACAUGGCCGCGCUCACAAUCUCGCGCACGUUGGGGUCUACCUGCUCUUCUUCUGCACGUCGUAGCGGUAGCAGGCGCCGGGUGGGCUUUGGCAGGCUCACCAGGGCCUCGGCCCAGGCGGCGAACCAGGAGACGUAGAGCAGGCGCAUUGCAAGCACGAUGCGUUCACGCCCUGAGCUGGGGUGUUAUACGUCUUACGCGCGCGCAGAAUCGAGGAAUCGCGGCCUAGUGAGGAGAGCCACACGCUGAGAGCCCAAGCCAAUAUAUACCCUAGCUCUAGUUUUAGCUGUAUAGCUAUAGUCAAAUCGGGUUUUCGGGUCGGAGCUUUCCCAGAUAGCUAUCCCCCGCGAGCGUGUACGUAUGCUUGCUGCCGGUCGUAGAAGCGUGCGUCGUCGUCGCCGUGCCCGGGCGCGUUGGUGAAGUCCGGGUUGCCGCCGACGAGCCGGAGGCCGUCGAUCUUGAUCCGGGCGUACUCGCGCGCCGUCUUGAGCCAAGGGUUUUCAAGAGAAAAACGGGGUUCCCCACCUUAUAUAUCAUUUCUGAAGGUGCGAGUGGCACGCACCGUAGGUAUCGUGACGCUGUCGCGGUAUCUGCCGCGGUCACGGUACCCCUAGCAACCUCGAAAGAGACUCAGACUGCCCCGUCCGAGUCACGGUUUUUCACGGUACUCGACGGUCGCGACGUUAGUGUUGGGAUGAAAGUUAUACUAAAGGACAAUGCCAAUAGAAUGUCAAACAGCAAGUAGACUGACUCAAUAUUAGUCUAAAUAUUAGGGGAGAGUGUCUAGGGAGAGUGGGGAGAUAUACUACUAGAGGGUUCUCUAUAGCGCAGUACUUUACUUUAUUAUCAUGAUGAUGAUGACAUCAUAGCGAAAUGAGAGCGCGUGCCCCGCGUAAAGCACGGCAGUGCGUCCACUAUCAUCGACGGUCACGUGGCCCACGCCUUCGGUGUAUAUCCGCGGGAGGUCGCGCAUAGCAUCAACCAGUUCCCGCGAUUGCUACGGGUGGCGCGAAACGUCCCGGCGAAUCGUACGACGCUCCUCGUGCACGACACGCGGCUCUGGCGCGAAUGGGUCGGGCUGCUGCGACGCCGGCGAUUAAUUCCCGACGCGCUCAGAAUUCAAUACGUCCCCGUCCACAGGACAGGCACGACACUGUUCCGGACGAAGAACCCGGCCGACAAGCUAUACUUUGCGGGCGAGGCGGUCCCCGUCUUUCCCGGCGGCGCGCGACGUUCAGGCGGCUGGUACACGCUCGAGGAAGAAACGUGCUCGUUUCAGCUCGCGCUGAACCGGAGUUACGUGGGCCGCCUCCUCGCCGCGUGCCCCGACCCCGCCUGGCAGCAAUAUCGUCACACCUAG